AUGGCUGACCGCAAGGCUACCAACAAGUACUACCCACCCGACUGGGAUCCCUCAAAGGGCUCUAUCAACAAGCAUGUUGGACAACACCCACUGCGAGACAGAGCAAGGAAACUCGACCAAGGAAUCCUCAUAGUGCGCUUCGAGUUGCCUUACUCCAUCUGGUGCAACGGCUGCAACAAAUCCGCCGCCACCGGUGUCCGAUAUAACGCAGAGAAGAAGACCAUCGGGAAGUACUAUUCGACACCGAUCCUUAGCUUCCGGAUGAAGUGCCAUCACUGCUCAAGCUGGUUUGAGAUCCAAACGGACCCCAAGAACGCGGCAUAUAAAGUAACGGCAGGAGCAAGGCGUAAAACGGAUGAUUUUGCAGAAGCAGAAGACCGCGGGACCCUCAAAAUCGAUACACCUGAAGAAUUCUCUCGACGCGCCAACGAUAAAUUCGCAAAACUCGAAAACUCUCGUCUCGAUCAUAUCAACACCCUCCAAGCCGACGCCACAGUUCUCACUAAACUGCAACAUAUCAGCGACCGACAAUGGAGUGACCCCUAUGCGCUUUCACAGAAGCUGCGGAAGGAGUUUCGAAUGGAGAGGGCAAAGAUUAAGAGCUCAGAAGCGCUUGCGGACAGGAUUGGGGUUGGGUUUAGGAUCUUGCCUGAGAGUCAGGAGGAUGCUGACGCGACAAAGUUGGUGGAGUUUGAUGCUAGGGAAAAGGCGUUGAUGAUGCAGAGGUUGAAGGAGAUAAAGUCCGGGAAUCUGUUUGCGGCUGCCAAGAGUGCUCCCAAGAACCAACACCAGCAGAAGAAUUGGAGCCGCGUUGCAACAGCAGAAGGAAGUAGUGUGACAGGCGGUCGCGGUGGAAUCGGCGGAUUGUCCAAGACGAGUACUCUCGUUGCUGCUACGGGAUCUUCAGGAUCAGGAUCAGGAUCGGACAAGGACAGGAUCCUUCGAUCCCUUGCAUCGACUGUCAAGGCCAACACUCAGCUCCAAGUCGACCCCUUCCUCAAUGUUGGAUCUUCAGCGUCGUCCAAGUCCUCAUCUGCCUUGACAGCAACACCACCUUUGACAUCUUCCAAACCACUGCCGCUUGUCGCAUAUGGCGACGACGAUGACGACGAUGACGACGAUUAA